AUGGCGGCUUCCAGUGGAGGUAGUUGUGUUGCUGCUGAAGUUCCCUUCCGUGACUUGUGCGGGUUGUUGGAGAAAAUAUCCAGCACAAGUGGAACAGAAAAGAAAAGAAAUUUAUUGAGUAAAUUCAUUGACGCUUGGAGAGGAGCGCAUACCAAAAUUCAUGGUGAUUCAAAAACGACAGACUCCCUAUAUCCAGCAAUAAGACUACUACUGCCUCAACUUGAUAAGGACAGAUCAGCAUAUGGAAUGAAAGAGGUUGUUCUUGCAAAGUAUUAUAUUGAAAUACUCAGCAUAAGCAAAGACAGUGUUGAUGGCCGGAAACUACUGAAUUAUCGCAAUCCUGGAGCAACAAAGCAGGGUUUGGCUACUGACUUUGCCAGUGUAGCAUAUUUUGUUCUUAGAAGUAGAUGUCCAACCCAAGGAAGUUUAAAUGUUGAGCAAGUCAACAAGUACCUUGAUGAUAUUGCACAAGCAAAUUUGGUCAAGAAAAGAGAUGAAAUUAAAAAAACUUUGCAAAUUUUGCUAAGAAAUACCAACGCUAUUGAACAGAAAUGGCUUAUCAGGAUCAUUCUAAGAGAUCUUAAAACUGGUUUAAGUGAGAACUCAGUCCUUGGUGUGUUUCAUCCUGAUGCUCUUGAGCUGUACAAUAUUUGUAACAGUCUAAUGAAGGUUUGUCAAGACCUUCAUGAUCGUUCCAUCAGGAUGAAUGAAGUUGAAAUUACACUUUUCUCACCAUUUCGACCAAUGCUAGGUCAGAGAGGCUCAUUGGAUGAGAUUGAGAAGCUGAUGGAGCACCAAACUUUCUAUAUCGAAGAGAAAGUUGACGGAGAGCGAAUGCAGCUUCAUAAAGAUGGCAACAACUACAAAUAUUACUCCAGAAGUGCUAAUGAGUACACUCACGUAUUUGGUGCAAACUCUAAAGAUGGUUACCUAACUCCUCACAUUGCUGACUACUUUGACAGUUCAACCAAGUCAUGUAUUCUAGAUGGGGAGAUGGUUGUUUUUGACACUGAAAAUGAUGUGUUUUUAACCAAAGCAACAAAUCUGGAUGUCAAAUCAGACUCAACAUAUAACAAAGGUCAUCACCCAUGUUUCAUUGUGUUUGACAUUCUCCUUCUGAAUGGAAAAAAGCUGGCAAAUGUGCCGUUAAUGGAAAGACUGUCAUCACUGACCAAGGUGUUCAAGUCUCGACCAGGUUAUAUCCAGUGCGUUGACAGGAAAAGUGCUACCACAAAAGCUGAAGUACUUAGUGCUCUUAAUGACGCUAUUGAUCGACGUGAGGAGGGUUUAGUCAUCAAAUCACCAAACUCUGUUUACAAACCUAAUGUCAGAAAUGGAAGUGGUUGGUUGAAAAUCAAGCCAGAGUAUGUGGAUAGCUUGAGUGAAGAUCUUGAUGUUCUUAUAAUGGGUGGUUAUUUUGGAGUUGGGCGUCGAAGUGGUAUGGUAUCUCAUUUCCUGUGUGGUGUGGCUGUCCCACCGGACCAUCGAGGUCAACAUCCAAACCAGUUUUAUUCAUUCUGUAAGGUUGGUACUGGGUACACGCUAAAUGAACUGAAAGAACUUGGUCAAAAGUUAAAACCACAUUGGCAGCCGUUUAAGACCAACAAACCACCAACAAGUAUAAUACUGGCAUCUGGAUUCAAAGAAAAGCCAGAUGUAUGGAUUGAGCCGUCCAAGUCAGUGAUUGUACAGGUCAAAGCCACUGAAAUCAUUGCUUCAGAAAGGUUCAAGGCAGGAGUGACUUUGAGGUUUCCAAGGUUGGAAUGUGUGCGAGAUGAUAAAAAAUGGUAUGACUGCCUGGACGUAAAAGAACUACACAAGUUACGAACAAUAGCUCAAGGAAAGCUUACACAUCAACACACAAACCCCGAUGACACAUCCCAACAACCUUCACGUAAGAAAAGACGCGUGGCCCCGCGCAUUGAACAACCUCGCGCUGUUGCGGCGCAGUUUCGACCUGCAGACGUGUCUUCUGUUAUAGAGGUAUCAAAACUUUUUGAUGGCAAGGAGUUCUGUGUUAUAAACGGACCAUCUACUCACUCAAAAUCCAUUCUUGAGAAGAAAAUUGUUGAGCAUGGAGGGACAUUCACACAGAAUCCUGGUCCCGAGACAUUUUGUGUUGUGGCAGAUAGGCUCAACUUACGGGUCAAUAAUAUCAUCAAAGAUGCUAAAUACGAUGUUGUUAAGGCUUGUUGGCUGGUAGAUUGCCUGGAUCGAAAAACGCUGUUACCUUGGUUACCUAGUCACAUGUUCCAUUCCUCGCCAUCCACCGAGAAGCAGUUUGCUAUGGAAUACGAUUGCUAUGGUGACAGCUUUACACAAGAUGCAACGGUGGAUUCCUUGAAAAAAGCCUUUAAUGACUUUGAUAAAGAUGAUACCGCCCCAAACCAUGCCAUCACUCUUGACGAGAUUGCCGAGAUAGAACAACGUUAUUAUCCAGGCGAUUCUCCCCUUGGUUUAUUUAGACCAUGUCGUGUAUAUUUGGAUCAAUAUAAAAACAUAGAUGACAGCACCACGGGCAUCAAGGACUGUAGUUUAGAGGUAACAGCACUUGAACUGCGCAUGUACGGCGCAUCAAUAAGUAAAGAAUUUGACGAAAAUGUCACUCAUGUGGUCGUAGACAUAAGAGAUCUCUCUCGAAKCCAUCAACUGCGUACUAAGAUGAGGAGUCGCCAUCAAAAACACCAUAUCGUCAGCCAAGACUGGGUAUCUCAAAGUAUUGAACAACAGAAGUUACAACAAGAACUCCUUCACUCUGUACAAUUGGAUACAUAGCAUUACGCCCAAGACAAUGUCUAUUUUAAAUGCUUGAAAAAUCGAAUGAAAAGUGAAAGAAAUUGGACGAAAUUAUUAUUGUAUAUAUUGUUCGUGUUUGUUCUAAUUCUUUCCAUUUCCUGGCUGUCUGAGCUGUCAGCCGAAAGUUAAAAUCAUAUGAGUUCAAACCUAUGAUCCAAUAUAGUACACAUAGAUUAAAAGGUGGUUGGUACAAGUUUUCAAGGAAUAAGAAUAUAUUUUGUA